UUCAAGAACACUUCGUUUUCAUCAGAAUCUUCGACAUUGUUAUUAACUAAGAACUCACAUAUGCAUCGAUCAUCUUUGUUGAGAGGAGAGCAAAAAAUGGAAUUUCUAAGAGCAUUGGAUCGCAAUCCGAACAGGUAUCCUAGUAUGUUCAAGCAUCUUCCUAAUGAUGUGAUGAAAGCUCACAACAUUAAACUUCCAUCGAGAGUGAUGAUGACUGAUGUAGAAGGAAUAACAAUCUAUGCUAAGGUGUUGAUCAGUUGGACUGAUGGGAGGAAGAGGAUCAUUGAUGGAUGGAAGAAAUUUGUGAGGUAUAAUAACCUCAACGAAGAUGAUCGGUGCAUAUGUGAGUUCUUGGUUAAUAACAAUGUCGAAGAUUCUGAUGAAAGCGAAGUGUUCUUGAAGAUGACGGUUAUUCGUGCUGGAUCAUGGCUUGCUUAAAUAGGUCAUUGUUUUUAUUAUUGUGUUGUUUAAGACAUAUUAUCUAUGUGUUUUUGGAUUUUUAUUACUCUCUUAACUUUUGUAUCUGUUAUGUUGGAUUAA